AUGUUCUUCUCAGCUGCUCUUCUCAUCGCCACUGUCGCUGCACAGAAUGCAUUCAACCAAAUUCUUUUCCCUGCAAACAACGUCGUGAUUCAGGCAGGAGGCGGUGUUCAAUCAUUGACAUGGACAAAUCUCACUGGCGGGCAAGUCAGCGUCUCCCUCUACUCCGGCACAAAUCCUUUGCGUCAGGUCAUUCCCAUUGCUACAGGUAUCGCCAACACGGGUACUUUCCUCUGGACUCCCGAGACCUGGCUUCCCGCUGCCAACGACUACGUGAUUGGUGUGCGUGACCUGUCUGGUUCAGCACCCACACAGUACUCCCCAUACUUCACCGUCCAACUCUGCUCAACCUGUUCCGCCAGCACACGCUCCACAACGUCCAGCUUCUCCGCUGAGACUGUCUCUGUUGCUGGUCUCGUCACACGUGCUUCCUUCACAGAGGCAUUCCCAACACCUGCCGCUCAGUCCGCUUCUGAUUCUUCUGCUACAGCUGCGGCCGCUGCUGCUGCCGGUGCUACUGGCUCUGCUGCUUCCGGCGCGUCAGGUGUUGUUGCUACUGCUUCAGGUGCAGCAGGUAGUGCCGUGAGCCGUGCAUCCGGCGCUGCCGCUUCUGCCGCUUCUGGCGUCACCUCUGCAGCUGGAUCCCUUGCCUCUGGUGCCUCAGGCGUUGUUGGUAGUGCCGUCUCUGGUGCACGUACUGCAACUGGUUCUGCUGCUGCUGCCACAUCUCGUGCUGCUGCUGUUCAAGAGUCUGCUGCGGGUCUUGUCCUGGCUGCUGGUUUCGCUGCUUGGUUGCUGUAA